AUGUCCGACGAAAGACCAUUACCUUUUUUUUACCAAUUUAUCUCUGGUGCCGUUGCUGGUAUUUCAGAAAUUUUAGUCAUGUAUCCACUAGAUGUUGUCAAGACACGUAUGCAAUUGCAAGUUUCAACACCUUCAGUCAAUAACACAUCAACACAUUAUACUGGUGUUGUUGAUUGUUUCCAAAAAAUCAUUAAAAAGGAGGGGUUUAGUAGACUAUACAAAGGUAUUACAUCUCCAAUUUUGAUGGAAGCUCCAAAGAGAGCUACCAAAUUUGCAUGUAAUGAUGAAUUUCAAAAAUUCUACAAGACAGCAUUUGGCAGCGACAAAUUGACACAAUCAUUGAGUAUUUUGAGUGGUGCUUCUGCUGGUGUGAUUGAAGCCUUUGUUGUUGUUCCAUUUGAAUUAGUUAAAAUUAGAUUACAAGAUGCUAACUCUGCUUAUAGAAACCCAAUUGACUGUGUUUCCAAAAUUAUUAAAAAUGAAGGUUUACUAGCCAUGUAUAACGGUUUGGAAUCGACAAUGUGGAGACACACCGUCUGGAAUGCUGGUUAUUUCGGUGUUAUUUUCCAAGUUAGGAGUUUAUUACCAAAACCAACCGGUAAGAAUGAACAAACUAGAAAUAAUCUAAUUGCUGGUACCAUCGGGGGUACUUUUGGUUCAUUGCUAAGUACCCCGUUUGAUGUUGUUAAAAGUAGAAUCCAAAAUACUGUUUCCAAACCUGGUGAAGUUAGAAAAUAUAAUUGGAGUGUACCAUCAAUUGCAACCAUUUACAAAGAAGAGGGCUUUGCUGCCUUGUACAAGGGUUUCGUUCCAAAAGUGUUGAGACUAGGACCAGGUGGUGGUAUCAUGUUAGUUGUUUUCACUGCAUGUAUGGAUUUCUUUAGAGGUGUUCACUACAAAGAUUAA